GUAUAAUUUUUUUGAAUAAAUUAUAUAAGUAAAUAAAGAAAUUUAAUGACCGUAUCAAAGCAGACUCGAACCUAGGACCUCAGGCUUUGGGCAUUAACCACCUACCGCUAUGCCAACACAGCACACAAUGAAUGUACAUUUUGAAUUCAUAUGAGAUGCGUUCUAUUUCGCAGUUAUACCUAAAUGAAAGAAAAAUAGGAGAAAUUAGAAGGCCACAUUGCAUUAAACUCCAAGUUGCAGACUCGAAAAUACCUUGUGCCAGAAUACUUGUACCUCGGAAUCUAGUGAGUAAUCGCAUUUUGCAGCAUGAGCUGAACUGAGCAUAAAUCGUUUGGGGGUUUUGGUAGUUCAGUUAGUCUGAAAAGGCCAUGAAAAAAAAGAUACUUUCACAACUCAGUUUUGCGACCUAAUUCUAAUGAUGCAUUGAUGAAGCAACCACCUCAAUUUAUUACCUUCCAACAACACAACUAAACCACUCUUUCUCUCUCAAUUUUACGCACUCUCACAUUCACUCCUUUUUCCAUUUUCUGUAAACAUUUCCGGCAGCGAAAAUGGCCGAAAUUAUAGGAAAAUGGUGUUUCCUUGUAGUUUUGUUGAGGUGUGUAGCAAGCAGCAGCCCAUCCACUGCCACAUACAUAAUAUACAUGGAUAAAUGGGCAAAGCCGCAGGAGUUCAACGACCACGAUCACUGGUAUUCAUCAAUGAUCAAAUCAGCAAUCAACACAGAAGGCGGCGAUGCAGGAGGUGCGGAUAGGAUAAUCUACAGCUACCAGACCGCAUUCCACGGCGUCGCCGCCCGGCUAAGCGCCGAGGAGGCCGAGAGACUGCAACGACACGACGGCGUGAUGGCGGUGUUCCCGGACACCGUGUACCAGCUCCACACCACGAGAAGCCCUCUCUUCCUCGGCCUCGAACGCCAAGACAGCACAAGCACAACCACGCUAUCCUACAAGCCAUCCGACUACGACGUGGUGGUCGGCGUGCUGGACACCGGCGUGUGGCCGGAGAGCCCCAGCUUCAACGACACGGGCAUGACGCCCGUGCCCGCCCACUGGAGAGGCGCCUGCGAAGUCGGCCGCGGCUUCACCAAGCGCCACUGCAACAGGAAGAUCGUGGGAGCCAGAGUGUUCUACCGGGGAUACGAGGCCGCCUCCGGCAAGAUCAACGAGCAGGAGGAGUACAAGUCGCCCAGGGACCAAGACGGCCACGGCACGCACACUGCCGCCACCGUAGCCGGCGCUCCCGUGCAAGGCGCCAAUCUCAUGGGCUAUGCUUACGGUACUGCCCGAGGGAUGGCGCCAGGGGCCAGGAUCGCCGCCUACAAGGUUUGCUGGACCGGAGGCUGCUUCAGCUCCGACAUCCUCUCCGCCGUCGAUCGAGCCGUCGCUGACGGCGUCAACGUUCUGUCCAUCUCGUUGGGCGGCGGAAUCUCGUCGUAUUUCCGCGACAGCCUCUCCGUGGGCGCUUUCGGGGCGAUGGAGAAGGGCGUGUUCGUGUCGUGCUCAGCCGGCAACGGCGGCCCUGACCCCAUCAGCCUCACCAACGUCUCGCCCUGGGUGACCACCGUCGGCGCCAGCACCAUGGACAGAGAUUUUCCGGCUACAAUUAAGCUCGGAACAGGUCGGUAUCUGACCGGAGCCUCGCUCUACAAAGGUCGUCGAAAUCUUUCCCCAAACAAACAGUAUCCGUUAGUCUACCACGGGAGCAACUCAAGCAAUCUAACGCCGAGCUCAAUGUGCUUGGAAGGCACUCUCGACCGCCACUCCGUCGCCGGAAAAAUCGUGAUAUGCGACAGAGGCAUUAGCCCCCGAGUCGAAAAAGGUCAGGUAGUGAAAGACGCCGGCGGAGUAGGCAUGAUUCUGUCCAACACCGCCACCAACGGAGAGGAGCUUGUCGCCGACUGCCAUCUCCUUCCCGCCGUGGCAGUAGGUGAGUCAACAGGAAAGCUGAUAAAGCAGCACUACGCCGCCCACCGGAACGCCACCGCAACACUCUCAUUUCUGGGAACGAAUCUGAAAAUCAGACCAUCACCCGUGGUGGCGGCAUUUUCAUCAAGAGGACCAAACAUCCUCUCCCUAGAGAUACUGAAGCCCGACAUGGUGGCGCCCGGCGUGAACAUCCUGGCCGCCUGGACGGGCGAAUUGGGGCCGUCAAGCCUGCCGACAGAUCACCGUCGCACCAAAUUCAACAUACUCUCCGGCACAUCAAUGUCCUGCCCUCACGUGAGCGGCGUGGCGGCGCUGAUCAAGUCGAAGCAUCCGAAUUGGAGCCCCGCCGCGAUUAAGUCGGCGUUGAUGACGACAGCAUAUAUCCAUGACAACACGCAGAAUCCCCUGAGAGACGCCUCCUCCGCCACACCGUCCACCCCUUACGACCACGGCGCCGGCCACAUAAAUCCGGUGAAAGCGGUCGACCCUGGUCUCAUCUACGACAUAGGAGCACAGGAGUACUUGGAGUUUCUGUGCGCUCAGGGGCUGACGUCGUCGGAGCUGCUGGUAUUCACCAAAUUCGCCAACAGAAGUUGCAGGCACAGCCUGCCCAAUGCGGGAGAUCUCAACUAUCCGGCCAUCUCAGCAGUUUUCCCAGAGAGCACGAACGUGACAGUGGUGACGCUCCACAGAACCGCGACGAAUGUGGGGCCCCCUGUGUCGAGCUACCACGUGGUGGUGUCGGCGUUCAAAGGCGCAUCCGUGAGGGUUGAGCCUGCAACGCUCCAGUUCAGUAGCGCAGUGAAGAAGAUAACAUACAAGGUGACGUUCAUCAGCAAGUCGAGGCAAUCCACUCCUGAAUUCGGAUCGAUUAUAUGGAAGAAUGGGGUGCACAAAGUCAGAAGCCCCGUGGUGAUAACAUGGCUGCCGCCCUUAUGAGCAACCCACCAUGCACAAUAAGGAGAAGCUCCACAUGUUUCUCUUCUUUCUUAAUUAUUGAAUCAAAUGCUUUUUCUAGCUACAUUUUAGCAUUCUGUAGUUGUUCAAUUCCAACCUCCUUAAUUUCGCUUUCAUCUUA